GUUGACAAACACCCUCAGUAUAACCAAUAUCAGAGGAGAAAAUGCCACAGAACACCAGCAGCACCCGAGGUCGAGUCCUUUACCCUGGACCAGUGAGAUGUGAUCACCACACUGAAAUUCACUGGUUUUUCUCCAGCAUAUGGUGACUAAGAGUCCUACAGCUACAUAGUGCAGUUCUUUGCAUGGCAUUUAUUAAUCACAGUGGGGUCCUGCAGCUGCCGUUUGAACACUGUCGUAUAAUUAAAAGGAAAACAUAACGGCACACAGGUUUGGAACGACAUGAGGGGCUCUCCUGCACUGUCUGCAGCGCUCGAUCCAUGUGGGACGCAACGCUGCAUCAAAGACUCUACAUUGUUUGUUCACCAAUAUUAUCCAUGUCAGUUUUCCUCUUCUCUUUUACACACACUCUCUCUCUCUCUUUCUCUCAAACAGUCCUUACAUCAGAAUUGACAAAACCUCUGUCCGAACUCAGCCAAGCACUGGAAGAGCUUUCAGUCACAGCUUUCACACAUGAAUUCAGACCUCCGCAGAAAUUGGAUUAAAUGCACAAUUUCACCAGAUGGACCAGAGCUGCUUACAAAGUGCCAGUCACCUUUUCAGCUGAUGUCUCAUCUCUGUUGCGAACAGUGGGACAUGUAGACAAACAGACCAUCACUGCCAAGGGCAAAGACACAAAGUUUCCUGGAAAGGGCUCUUGAUAUGCAGCAAUUAAAUCCAUCAGCAACAUCAAUGAAUUUGGCUUCAGGGAUGGAGGACCAUACCAUGAGAUGGCCAGUGUUUGUAACCCCUCCUGUUCGAACUGCCCACUCUAAGCAGGACUUGAACCCUGAUCCGCCAGCAUGAGAGUUGGGCACUCUAACAAGGAGGCUAAAGACCGCAGUGAGGAGUGAGGUUACACAGACAGCUCUUACCGGCCUACAUCCGUUACACUCACCCCCCUAAACUCCACUCCCAUCCAGGUCACGAGUGGGACUCAAACCCGGGUCCACUGGCAUGGGAGUCGGGCGCAGUGUUGCCAAUUGCUUUCAGCUGAAAGUAGCUAAAACUGGUCACUAAAUGUUUCUAGAUGACGUCUUACUGGCAAUAGAGAGAAACGCAUGUUCUUUGCUGGCAGGAUGGAGAAAUGAACAGGAUCCCAGGGAGCACAUGGAGAUUGGGUUCCAGAUCUGCAGUAGUCAGCUGGUACUGUUGAGCUGUCAUUCUGAAGACGGGGCACACAAACACAAUCAGAAUGCAGCAGCAAUGGGUCUAUGUGGCUUUACUAGCCCUCCUGACUAUCACAACGACGCUGGCAGAUGGUGGGAAAACAGAGAAACAAGGUAAGAAAGAGCGUAAAUCGGACUGUGGCGAGUGGCAGUGGAGCGUGUGUGUGGCUAAUGAGGGUGACUGCGGCCUGGGCACCAGAGAGGGCACACGCACCGGCACUGACUGCAAACAGACCAUCAAAACCCAGCGCUGCAAAAUUCCCUGCAACUGGAAAAAGCAGUUUGGAGGUGAGUGCAAGUAUGAUUUCCAGGCAUGGGGGGAGUGUGAUUCGACUACGGGAAUGAAGUCGCGCCUCGGUGUGCUGAAGCGAGCGCUGAUGGACGCUAACUGUCCAAACACCGUUAGCGCCACCAAACCCUGCGGCAAACCCAAGACCAAGAUACAAGAUUCACAGAAACCAAAACGAGACGGGAAGAAGGAGCGAAACCCGACAGACUAGAGCAGAAACUUCAUCCUGAAGCGUCUCUCCUUCUGCUCCUGGAUGUGAGCGGAAGAGAUGAUUUCUAACAGAAUAUUUUUAGAUCGUUUGUAGCUUUAAUUUACAGCUCACAGAAUAAUAAAGCAGUGAUAAAAGAAAGACAAACGAGUCUACUAAAAUCUUCAGAUGAAUCUUCUAAUGUUGACACAAAAGAUCCUUAAAAAGAGUAUAAAUUAGUGCAUUCUGGGAAAUUAAGUGUGCUUCCACCAUGCAAACAAAGAAAGAUAAUAAAUACUUUUUAUGAUUUUUUUUAUAUGCAGCAUUUUAAACAGUGAUCAUUUGAUGUUUCUGAAAUAUCCCAUAUGUGGUGUGAAUGAGAUCAUAUUAUUAAUGUAUAUACUAAGAAAUGAAAUAAUGUAUCAUUAAAAACUGCACUUACAUUUAAACUGUACUUUGAAUUCUAAUUAGAAUUCUGUUUGGAACCACAUUCAAAUAAAAAAAAAUCACAGUUAAAGACAUUCUCAAACAAACUAAUGCUUUAAAACUUGGAUGUAACAUCAUUUCCAGUGAAUAAAGAGAUGAAUUAUUCCUGCCCAUCCAUAAA